ACAGGGGGUACUUUCAGAAGGUCCCAGAGGUGAACCCGAUGUCGUAACACGACGACAACACCACAGCCGUUCGCCGUCCGUGCAUUUUAUUCCCAUCUAAGCCAGAUUUCUAUCUUCACAUUCACAUUUCCUUGCUUGUCGCGCUCUCACAAACAACUUAUCAGCAACUUUUUCUUCUCUACCUCUUUUCUUCUAUUUCUAAUAUAACCAGUCCCUCAACUACACAGCUUCCUGGAAAAUAAUUAAGCUGUACUUUGGUCCUCCUUAUUGAUAAGACCUACACUUUUUCCUGCUUUACUUUAGGACCCGAGAUUUGGACUGCCAUCGCGCCGCUGACAUAUCGUCAACUCCUCCGACCGCUCCCAUAGCAGCAUACCGCGACAACUAAAAACCAAAGCGAAACCCGUGCAGAUCGCGUAAUCCGUUUGCUAUCAUGUCGGUCGAUAUCGAUCCCCAGGAGCUUGGCUUCCAUCGGCCUUUUACAGCAGAGGUCUCCGAAGUGCUGAGGAUUAAAAACCCUAAUACCCAUCCCGUUGCUUUCAAGGUCAAAACCACCGCACCGAAGCAGUAUUGCGUCAGACCGAAUUCGGGUCGAGUCGAGCCAGGAAAGGAGGUUGAAGUUGCAGUAAUCCUCCAGGCUAUGAAGCAAGAGCCUCCCCCGGAUACGAAAUGCCGUGACAAGUUCUUAGUCCAGUCCGUUCCUAUCACGGGAGACAAGGAAUUUGCCAACUUAGCGUCUAUUUGGGAUGCUAUGGAGAAGUCGGCGAUAACAGAAAAGAAGAUCCGCGUCGUCUUCUUGCCUCCCGUAGGUGCCUCUGGAUCCGCUCACCUCGAAACACCCAGCAAGCCCUCGGCAGUUAAUGGCACUCAGGCAACACCAGAUGUGGCCCCCCCUGCUUACUCCUCCCCCGGCGAAUACACCGGUAGCCAGGCAGAACCCAAAUCGUCGGUAGAAGAGAAGGAUAUCAAUCGCGAGGAGAUCCCGUCAGUCGCCGGUGCAGCGGCAGCAAUUUCUACCACCCAGAACAGUGACCCGAGCCCCGACGAGUUGAAGCAACAACUCAUUAAUGCCGAGAAGGUGAUCGCGAAAUUGAAGCAGGAUCAAGAAGGUCUACGACAACGAAAGACGGCGAGUGCAGACAAGUCAAGCGCCAAACCCGCAGAAUUGGCCCAGGCGACACGAGCUGGCACAGAAGGCGUACCGGUUAAACUUGCGGCGAUUUUGUGCUUUUUGAGCUUCAUGCUCGCUUACCUCUUCUUUUAGGCUGCGAUGAGGAUGUCCUUGCAGAUUCUGCCGGAGCAGACAUCGAGGAAUAUUUGGUAUGGUUGCGAUGUUAAUAGGCGAGCCUGCUACUAGAUGGAACGACCCAAGUAGGAAAACUACGUCUACCUAGGUGAAGAGGCAUAAUAAGAGAUGGAUGGGAAGGAAGUCGGCCCUUCUAUUCGGGAUAGGUGGAAAGUGAGACGAAGGAUCUAAACUAACCUUCGUUGUGGCAUACGCAUUGUAUUCUAGCAUGUAUUCCCCUUUGUUGUCUGUUUGAUCGCCGAGGCAUGAGCAUUCUGAUAUAUAGUCCCAUGGCAUUAAUUGCUCUAUAUGAUCCCACUGGAACCU